GCUGCGUCCCAGGGCGGGGAAUCGCGUAAUGGCGGACGCAGGCAGGGCGAGCGCGGCUGGGGGCGUAGCGCGCUGAGGGGGGUCCGGCAGUGUGGCAGCCCGCGAGGCGGCCCGCGGGAACAGACCCUGGGUGGAGACGGCUGGCCGGCCCGUCCGUCGCUGCGGGCGACCGCGUGAGACCAGGUUGUUUUUCAUCAUUCAGAACAUUGCCUGAAGCAGGUCCACCAUGCCGUUAGUAACGAGGAACAUCGAGCCAAGGCACCUGUGCCGUCAGACGUUGCCUAGCGUUAGAAGCGAGCUGGAAUGCAUGACCAACAUCACCCUGGCAAAUGUCAUCCGACAGCUGGGCAGCCUGAGUAAAUAUGCAGAGGACAUUUUUGGAGAGCUCUUUAUUCAGGCAAAUACCUUUGCCUCUCGGGUAAGCUCCCUUGCUGAGAGGGUCGACCGCCUACAAGUUAAAGUCACUCAGCUGGAUCCCAAGGAAGAAGAAGUGUCACUACAAGGAAUCAACACCCGAAAGGCCUUCAGAAGCUCUACCAUUCAAGACCAGAAGCUUUUUGACAGAAACUCUCUCCCGGUACCUGUCUUAGAAACAUACAACACUUGUGAUACUCCUCCACCUCUCAACAAUCUUACCCCAUACAGGGACGAUGGGAAAGAGGCACUCAAAUUCUACACAGACCCUUCAUACUUCUUUGAUCUUUGGAAGGAGCAGAUGCUGCAGGACACCAAGGAUAUCAUGAAAGAGAAGAGAAAGCAUAGGAAAGAAAAGAAAGAUAAUCCAAAUCGAGGGAAUGUAAACCCACGUAAAAUCAAGACACGUAAGGAAGAAUGGGAGAAAAUGAAGAUGGGACAAGAAUUUGUGGAAUCCAAAGAAAAGCUGGGACCUUCUGGGUAUCCAUCUAUCUCGGUGUACCAGAAUGGCAGCAUUGGCUCUGUUGAAAACAUGGAUGCGAGCAACUACCCACCACCACCACAGUCAGACUCCACUUCUCCACCUUCUCCUUUCUCUGAGGACAGCUUGCCUCCUCCACCAGCAGAAUUCAGCUACCCAGCUGACAACAACCAAAGGGGGUCUGGUUUAGCUGGAUUCAAAAGACCCAGUGUGGUCAGCCCAAGCCAUCCACCACCAGCUCCUCCUCUGGGCUCUCCGCCGGGCCCCAAACCUGGCUUUGCUCCACCACCUGCCCCUCCGCCUCCACCUCCAAUGAUAGGCGUCCCACCCCCACCCCCACCUGGAGGAUUUGGAUCCCCAGCGACCCCACCACCACCUUCACCCCCCUCUUUUCCACCUCAUCCCGAUUUUGCUGCCCCUCCACCUCCUCCCCCACCGCCAGCAGCUGACUACCCAACUCUGCCACCACCUCCCCUGUCCCAACCAGCGGGAGGAGCACCACCUCCUCCUCCCCCUCCCCCUCCUCCAGGGUCCCCUCCUCUCCCUUGUGGUGGUGUAGAUGGCCAGCCUGCCGCACCACCACCACUUUCCGAUAUGCCCAAGUCCAAGUCCUCCUUGCCUCCUGUGAGCGAUGCCCGCAGCGACUUGCUGUCAGCCAUCCGCCAAGGCUUUCAGCUGCGCAGGGUUGAGGAGCAGCAGGAACAAGAGAAGCGGGAUGUCGUGGGCAAUGACGUGGCCACCAUCUUGUCACGUCGCAUUGCUGUUGAGUACAGCGACUCGGAAGAUGACUCUUCUGAGUUUGAUGAGGACGACUGGUCGGAUUAACUCUUACUGCUGCCCACCUCUUUUCUUUCCUUCCUAUCUGCCUUCUUUGAUGCCUACCCCAACUGGUCCCAUGGGGGAAAAAAGGGAGGAAAAAAAGAAUUUCAAGGGGCCAAAGCCUUCCCUGAAGCAACCAAAGAUAUAUCGCAGUGCUUCCUCCAAAUCAACACGUAUUUCCCAGCUCCCGUUGGUUGUGAAGCCAACCCUGAGGGUCAGGAUUUGAGACAAAAUGUUCCCUCUUCCCCACUGCAUAUUGAAGAGAGGGAAAAACCCCAAAGCUGAUCCUUUUGUUUGGGUUUAAAUUGGAGUUGAUACCUUCCCCUAGGAGCCAUUUUCAACUGUGGACUUCUCCCAAAAUCCUUGCCCUCAGCUACUUCGAAUAAUGCUAGCCACCAUCUGUUCCUAAAGCCUGCGUGGACACAGCCUGCCCCUUUCCCAUGCACUGAGAGCGGAGCAGGCCACGUGCCCCAGCAGCCAGACUGCUGCACCCUUCUGCCCUGAUCUGUGGGGUGAGGCUGCCUUUUGCUAAGUCCUUUUUGCGUCUGGAUGCCCUUUAUUCUAGGAGCCAUCAAGCCCCUAAAGAAGGUCUCGAUCCCUCUGCCCAGAAAUGAUGCCUUUCUGAGGGCUAAGAUGGUUACCUUCCUCCCAGGCUCCCACUCCUGAGUGUGAUGUUCUGGUCUCCCUUCAAUGCCCCUCCCUCGCCACCAGGUGCCUCUAGGCACCACAGCCCAUUUCUAACCUCUAAUACCCAUGACCAAACUAGCCCUGACACGGGAAUAUGUGCCUCUGCUGGCUGUCAGGAGCCAAGCUUAGAGACUUGGAACUAUAGGAAUAGAAGAACAGUGAGCCCUUUUGGGUUCUACCCUCUUAAUGAUGCUGAAGUCUAGAAAUAGGAAGUGACUUGUUCAAGGUCACACAGUUGGAUGGUGACAGAGCUAGAGCCCAGAGUUUCUUAUUCCAAGUCACCUGUGCUUUCUGGGACCAAAUAGUGGGCACCUGCUGGAGCCUGGGCAGAGCAGUCUUGGCUCUGUUCUGCUACAGACCUCACCAUAGGUGGGGGUCCCAGCAGGAAGGCUCAGGGCCUGUGCCAGGCCCAUCAGUGCUGCUCAGACCCUUAUAGCCUCUCUUGUAAUUCUUUGCUUCCCCUUUGCUAUCACCAGCCAACCACAUGGCCCUGGGAGCUGCCCUUCUGGGGGAUCAGAGGUAGUGAGAGAAGGAAGGGGGUGGGCAGCUUUGACAGGUGCUGUUUUCAAUUCCUCUGCAACUCCUCCCCCUUUUAUUUCCCUAAUUUUAGCAUAGGUUCUGCCAACUGUAGAAACUUCAGUCCCUCAGGCUGGCAGCCACGGCAGGUAGCUGCCUGGGGGGGCCUGGCAACCAUGAGGGCUGAAAAGCAGAGGGACUCUGGGUCUUGUUUCCAGCUCCCCUCCUCACUGCACACGGUGGUGUUCCCUCCCUCGCUCCCCCCUUUUCCCAGAGCUAAUACACAGGUGCUAUUAUUCAGAAAAAACUGGUCAGCUUUGGCCAGCAAUGAGGUUUCUUCUCUUCUGCCCUAACUAUUGUGUAUCCUCUUAUGCUGAAACCGGCUUCUCCUGGCUUCUCCUGCGUUCAGAGCCCUGAAACAAAGAGAAACAGGAUCUGUCUCUACCCAGCACAGCAAAUGGUUGUAGUAAUUGCCAAAGCCCUCAUAAACCCCUCCGGCUUGAGGAGAGUAUGUAAUCAUAGGUACUGCCGCUGUGCCCUGGCUGAAUACUCCCCCUCUGCCUUCUUUCCUUGAACUCAGGCAGGGACUGAGCCUGUAGGAGCCAGCAUGCCCUCCUGCUGGGGCUGCUCCGGAGAGUGCCUUCCUCCCUCUCCCCAGGUCAUGUGUCUCUGGCAUAAGGCCGGCACCUGGCUCUAGUGCAGAGCAUACCGGGCCAUGUGUGCCCCCGCAUUGCUUUCCACCUUGCACUUUGGAAGCUGAAGAUGCAUUCUUUAAAACCCUAAAAUGGCCAUUGAAGGUGCCCCCAGCUGUAGCCCACAGUGGCUGGAGAGGCAGGCAGAGGGCAGUGGUUCUCCCAAAUAGGAGUCCUGGGGCCUUGCCAGGCCAGGGUUUGGGCCUAAUGGUUUUGACUAAAUUACCCUCACCCCGCUCUUUUCCGGAAAAAGGGGGAGCCAUUGCCACUCACUAUCAUUCUGCUCUGACCUUGAAGGGGGUGGUGUUGGCCUGGCUUCUAGACUGGACAGAGUCCACCGUGGAAAGGGCUGGGGGCAGGAGGGGGUGGGGAGGGGCACUGCCUACGGAAGGUAGGAUUAGAUCAUUAGCUCAGUGACCUCCUAGGGUUUCGAUGUGCUGUGUUCUCAUCCUACAGCUGGUUUGGUAAUGAUCUGCAAGUCCCGGAGAGCAACAGCACAGCUCUGCCUGACGCUCUCAUUAAAAUCUAUGCAGCCAAGCUCGGCGCUUUGUAGCAGCCGGCCUUGCGAAGCCUCCUCAGCUGGGUGGGGGGUGGGGGAACGGACCCAGUCAGCUGAGAGGCCUUCUGGGCUCUUCUUAUGCAUAUGUGCACCCCCAAAAAUGCUUCUUUAAACCCAGAGCCCUCUAAGAUGAGAAAGGACCCUAUGCAGGUAAUCUCGUGUCUUUGGAAUCCUAGAAUUGUAGAAUGCAAGUUUAGUGAUUAUUUAAACUGUGCCGAGGCUGGUAAGAGUAUGGAACAAUGGCCCAUAAAGACUUUUAAGCACUGAAGCCAAGGAGCUACCUCCUUUCCUGGACUGCUCAGCCCAGGGGACCUGUCCCCAUUCCUGUGGCCCAGGGACCCGGCUUCCAGUAGGCAGUGUCAGAAGAGACUGGUGGCUUUGCCCAGGUUGUGAGAUGAGUACAUUCCAAAGGAGCAGCCUUGGGGAGAGGGCAGGCUCCUGACCCCUUGGAGGCUCAGAGCAGCCAGCCCAAGCUCUGGCUCGCCUCCGGAAGCUUGAACGCCCUCAGAAACGACCCUGGCCAAUGUCACCACAAAGCCGAGGCGGUGUUGUCAGGGCUAAUGUGAAAUCUCUUCCCGUGGCGCCAAACCUCCGGCUCUGCAGCGCCAGCUUGGACAGAUUGAGGUCUCUGUGGCUUUGGUGACCCUGCUUAAGCAUUCCCACCAUGUCCCAGCUCUGCUCUCAGCCUGCCUCCCACCGCAGCCCCCCUUACCUGACCUCAGGGCCUGGGGAUGGGGGAGUGCCCCAAGGCCAGGGGCUUUUGCUCAGGAGAUGUAUCAGGCCUCCUAGGGGCAUCAGCCUUUGAGCUCUACUGGGGUCCAGCUGACCCUGGGGACCAGGUGUUUCCCAGGGAUGUGCCUUGUUUUGUGCCUCAGUGAGGGCUAGGGAACAAUGUUGUUGUAUUAACUCUACUCAGUUGACUCACUUGAGAAACUAACCAAUUUUUACUUUUUGUCUAGAAUGAUGAACAUGUAGGAGAGUGAGCUGUAAAGCUCCCAAAGUGCCUUUCUCUCUCUGAUAUAAACAUAUUUAUAAGGACCUAUUCCAGUGGACUCUUACGUGUGUUUGCCACAUCAGGGUUCUGAAAAUGGGUCUCUUUUCCCCGAGGAUGGGAAAGGGGCUGCAGUUGGAGAUCUGAGCAGUGGGGUUAAGCCAGACCCCUACAGUGACCCUUUCCCUUGGCCCUCCUCCUCUCAGGUCCUUAGAAGGAUGUCCAGUUUUUUAGAGCCCUGUGGCCCCAAGCCUGGUCUCAUUUGCUUCCCUGCCAGGCUGUGUGCACCACAUUAGCUCCCUAGUGACCUGAAGUUUCCAUGUAACUAUGUAUAGAUGCGAAUACAAAAAUGCCAACAUUUUAAGUAAUUUGAUAAAGUCUUUGUAGCCACUCAGCCA